CACCUUUUUUUCCUCCAAGGCAACACUAGAAACAUUGGAUUUGGAAGUUGAGCCAUGGAGCCCCUCCGCCUGGACGCAUAACUGAGUCUGUUGCAUGUGCUUCGGUAACCUGGAGUACAGUCGAUCGAUAGGAUCUUAUCUUCUGGCUGGCUUGUGUCUCUCCGAGAAGCGUGGAAGAUGGCUGGAAGUGACUGUUCGUGGAAAUAUUACCUCUGGAUUCUGACAGUCAUGUGCAGAUACACGUUACCCGCAGCCAAAUCACUGGACUCUGUCGUGUGGAAUUCACAAAAUCCCAAGUUUGUGUCUGGGAAGGGCUUGGUGAUCUACCCGGAAAUCGGUGACAAACUGGACAUUAUCUGCCCCAAAGGGGAUAUGGGAAGACCGUAUGAGUUUUAUAAACUCUACCUGGUGAAGAAAGAGCAGGCAGAAUCCUGCAGCACCAUACUGGACCCCAAUGUGCUGGUGAACUGCAACAAACCAGAGAAAGACAUCAAAUUCACCAUCAAGUUCCAGGAGUUCAGUCCAAACUACAUGGGACUUGAAUUCAAACGCAUGGCAAACUAUUACAUCACCUCAACUUCUAAUGGAACACAGGAAGGGUUGGAAAACAGAGAAGGUGGGGUUUGUAGCACGAGAUCCAUGAAGAUCAUCAUGAAAGUGGGCCAAGAUCCAAAUGCACCAGAUCCAGAUUUAACGGACCUCCCAGACCGGGACCGGGACAAUGAGAUCAAGGACCCCACAACCAGCCCUUCCCGCGAGAUUGACCGAGACCGAGACCGAAACAGAGACACAGAUGGGAAUGGAUCCAUAAUGCCUGGCAAAGACACAAUAAACCAAAAUAACAGUCCCGGUUCGGUGGAAGGUAUUUUCGGCUCUAAACCGGCUCUCUUUGCUGCCAUCGGAGCCGGCUGUGUCAUCUUCCUUCUCAUCAUCAUCAUCCUCAUCGUCUUGCUCCUCAAGCUUCGCAAGAGAACCCGCAAACACUCGCAGCCCAGGGGCGGAACCGGCCUGUCACUCAGCACUCUGGCCACACCCAAAGGAGCCGCCCAGGCCGGCUCGGAACCGAGUGACAUCAUCAUCCCCCUGCGGACAUCAGACAAUAACUACUGUCCACACUAUGAAAAAGUGAGUGGAGACUAUGGGCACCCGGUCUACAUAGUGCAGGAAAUGCCGCAACAGAGCCCCGCCAAUAUCUACUACAAAGUCUGAGAGAACAAGAGCGAGGCAACCGCAAUAAGAACUCAUUUUUGUAAGGUAUCCUGAAUCGUUUUUUUCAUUACCUAACCCCGUCUGCGAGAGGAUGGAGAGGGAGAAGUGGAAAAGAGGAAUGAAAAAGACUAUGUGGAUGAUAUUCCUCUCAGAUUUCCUUCCCUCCGUCCCUUUUCCGAACACUACACUGUGUGUAUGUGUGUAUGCCUGUCGCUCUUGAUGUGUGUGAAACGGCAGAAAACUUCUCCAAUCUGCGUGGCACUCAGGCACGGACUUCACUGCUGAAGAACAGCCGACAACCAAUCACAGAGGGACGCUAGAGUGACAUCACAAAGCAGGAAGCUCUCAUUAGUGUUUUUUUUGUACCAUUACGACUCUUCGCUUAGUUUUUUUCUCUGUUUUUCAUCCAUCACAGUGUUUCGUUUUUAUCAGCAUCAACUUGAUUCUUGCAGCUUUCGCAGUGUCUCGCUCAAAGAAAAUGUCUUAAACACUGUUACGAACGCCGCUCUCUUCCUCACACACUCAAUAUGUCUUCUCAUUUCCUUGCGUCUCUCAAGACACUCAUUCAUUUUACAUGCUAUAGAGGCAAUAGAACAAAAACACACACACACACACACACGCAUACACACACACUGUGCUGUUGACAGGUCAGUAACAGACAGCUUCUCGUUGGAAAAGCCAGUGAGUGUAAUAGGGAAUUUAAUAUGUAAACACCAGUGUCAGACCUUCCAGAAAUCCCAGUCGGCUUUUCGUUCCUUUGAGAAUUAUUUCAGUUGAAAUUCUCUCUCCUCUCAGCAGAGCACACAUAGUUAUUUGUUAUCUGUUGUCAGUGAUGUGGGAAGUGCUGAUUGUAUCUUGUCAUUUUUUUUUUUUUCUUAUUCUAUCUCCCAAAGGUUUGUAGGUCAAAAACAUCUUUAGGGAUCUGCCUCUACACCAUGAGCCUAUGACCUCUUUUCAGUCACAAACAUGCUAACAUGUAUCUUUGCAUAAUUUUGUCCACUAACAUUUUUUUUUUUUUUUUUUUUUUUCUGUUUGGAUGUAGACAUGGACUCUAACAGUAUGACCUUUUGUGUAUGUGUCCCACGCAGAAGCCAAAAAUCCAUCAACAUACAGAACACAUGAAGUUAUGCCUUCACCUCUCCCUCCUCUCAGAUAUGCACAUCAAUUAUCCCUGUUUCCAAACAAACACGAGCAAAAAAAAGAAAAAAAACCUCCAUGAAUCAAGAGAAUCAAAACAAGCUCACCAUAUCAUCCUGGAAAAUCUAGUGCUAGAUCUAUUUUUAUAUGGCCUGCACAGAAAAUGAUAAACAGCAAACAGUGGCAGCAGGUGUGUUUACGCCUAUGCUAAUUUAAAAUUAGCAGCAUUGCAUCUGGCCUCCAGCGCAGCCAAUCAGAGGAAGCCCAAUAUUUCUCUGUAGAUUUCUCAUAAAAUAGAUUUUUAAAUAAUAUUUCGAUUAGGGUUUACUGCUGUUUUUUUUUUUUUUUUGUUUGUUGUUGUUGUUUCUUCUUAAUUUAGUUUCUAAGGCCCGAGAUUAUGUAAAUAAUGUAUGUUGGAAAAAAAUGUUGAAUAUAAAAGUUCCAUUUUAUGAGAGACCCUGCUAAUGAAAAUAUAAUUAGGAUUUUUGAAAAUGCAAGAGCUUUUGUAAAUACAAUUUUUUUUUUUUUUUGGAAAAAGACAUUUUGUAAGAGAACCUUUCUCAUGGUUCUCUCUUUUUAGUUGGCUUUUGAUUAAGGAGACUUAGAGGUCCCUGUACAACGGGUUUUAAAAGGUCAGCCUGAAGCAGCAAAAAGACUUACAAGUCCCUUCACAUACACACACACACACACUGAUACACACACUGUCCUCCCUAUUUCACAAGGGGAUGGUGGUAUUUUUGUCUUGUUUUAUUUAUUUUUUUGUGUAGUUUUUUUCUUUCAUUUUUACAAAUGCUGUGAUGGAACCAGGUCAGAUAUUCCAUGCCAUGGUUCAUGGAGGAGGAAAAGAGGAGAGAGAGAAUUAUUACUCAAGAAAUGCCUAAACACACACACACAAUUACUAACUGACCCACCAGUCAUUCUUAUAGCACACAAUAUACAUGCAUAUAUAUAUAUAAACACCAUAAGAUACAGGGCAAGCACCAGCAAACUACUUCACCAAAACUAAACCAGCAACAGCCUGUGUAACUAAACUGAAUAUUUAUGUACGUUUGAUUGAGCUGUUCAUGGCAGUUCAGUUCUUUAGGAUUGACAUUAGAAGAGCACUUUUUGAAAUUCAUGGAUUUGUUUUUACCCAUAGAAAGGCACAUAGGUGCACCAGUCAGCUUAUUAUUAAAGUGGAUCAGUCGCGGUAUCACACUGCAAAGAAAUCAUUGUAAGAACAGUCAUUUUGUCUUGUUUUCCAGUACAGAUAUCCUGACAAAAACAAAGUUUAUUUUAAAAGCUACAUUGUUUUAUAUAGUCUUUGUUUCAGAUACAUCCAACGGAUUUUGGUGAGCUUUAUGCUUACCGAAACAACUGAAUUCAGUCCUAAAUAUUUUGAUAUUUUACUGGAAAAGCAUCGUUUAAUGUAUGAGUGCUGCUGUAGUGGGAUCUUAGUCUUUUGCUGCAGGCUUUUUGCAGCUUAGCUUACACAUUUGGUUCACUGUACUCUUAACAGCUGUAAGGCAUACCCUCCUUUUGACGUUUGUCUGUACCCUAACAAUAAGGUGAAAAAAAAACUCAGAAAAAAAAAAACCAGUCAGCCGUCUUGUUUAUCAGAUUGGGCUUGAGGCUUUGAUUCCUCUCUAAUGCUGCGGUCAGACACCUGUGAUGUUGUGUGGAUCUCACUGACAUCUGUUAAUAACAUUUCUCCCAGUGAGGUUGACUUAUUUAAUGAGAACUUACUUAAACCUAGCAUUCAUGUGAACACACACACAUACACACACUCCCCCUCAGGCAAAGAGACAGAUUGGUGGUGACUUUUGACCCUGUAAGGAUUAUCACAAUAUUAUGAAAGAGACAAAUCUAAUGAGAAAACCUUCUCCAUGGCCUAGAUCCAUCCCAUCACACAAACUUCAUCCACUCUUUCACAAAAUGUACUUGUUCAUAGAGCGGGUCAGUGCAGUGCUGAGGCCUUGGGCCAACCGCGACUCCCACAAAAAAAGCUUGUGCUGAACAACGUUUCCUCCUGCUGUUGCUGAUUUUUUUUAAAAAAUAUUACUAUUAUUCAGUGAACUACAUUAUUAUUGCUAUAAUUUUCUUUUACUACGAUUUUGUUGCAGAUUUCAGUAUUAUUGAUUUAAGUCUUGAUGUAUGUGUUGGCAGCGCUGAUGCCCCUGUGGCGACAGCGGUUCUUUGUUUUGGUAGAAUUCACACAGUGUCCUCAGAGUUCCCCGAUAUAUGACACUAAAGCCAAGUCUCAGCCCUCAGAAAGCAUUUUAAAAGGAUAAAUAAAGUUUUUUCCUAUGGAA